UUCUCUGCCAUUGUCCGCACCGAGUUGGCUUCCCCCUCCGUUCUCUGCCAUUGUCCGCACCGAGUUGGCUUCCCCCUCCGUUCUCUGCCAUUGUUCGCACCGAGUUGGCGUCCCCCUCCGGCUGGCCCCAGCUCCUCCCGGGGCUCAAAGCCGCUCUGCUCUCCAGCGAUCUUAUCCGAGCCGUUGGUUCCGCCUCCGCAGCUGCUCCUGGGCCGUCGGAUCCUGCCUCCGCAGCAGCAGCAUUCUCUACAGUCACUGUGCUUACAGUCCUCCGCGCUGUCACCAAGCCAUACCGGUAUUUCCUCGACCCUACCAACGACAAGGAGCCGGUGCCACCAGUGCUAGAAGCCAUUGCAUCGGACCUGUUGCUGCCCCUCAUGCCGCUCAUGCACCACCUCAUUGCAGCUCAGGCGCAGCAGUCAAGCCCCCAAGCACAUGAUGAAGCCCUUCUGCUCAUUCUCAAGACGCUCCACCUCUCUGUUCAGAGCCACAUGCCAUCGGCCAUCCGUAAGCACGUUGACAGCAUCGUCCCAGAGCUGCUGCUGCUGCUCUCACACUGCCCGCCCACCCUCGCCGCAGCAGCAGCGGCCGCAGGGCAGGAGGAGGGGGAAGUGAUGGAUGGGGGAGGAGGGGAAGAGGGAGGGGCGGCAGCAGCAGUGUGGGAGGUGCGGCUGAAGGGGUGCAAGCGAGCGCUGCAGAUCUGCCAGUCACUGGCCAGCCGGCACCAGAAGCUGGCCAACAAGCACUUUCCUGCCAUGGUGGAUGGCAUCACUGGCAUCGUCUGCAACUCGCUGUGGACCAGUCAGCUCCCAUCAGCAGCCCGUCGCGUCAUCGCAGUGGCGUUUACAGCCACAGCUCAAGUUCUCGACUCUGCUCCGGGAUGGAAGGUGGUGGCUCCUCAAUUCGCGCAUCUCCUAGAGGCUGCCAUUUUCCCCGCACUCUGCCUGCACCCCCACGAUUUGGAGCUGUGGGAUGAGGAUGAGGAGGAGUACGUACGACGGAAUCUUCCCACAGAUUUAGACGACAUGGAUGAGAUCGAGAGUUAUGACCCGCGGCAAUGUGCUGCUCACCUGCUGGCUCUCAUAGCUACCUCCAAGGGAAGCCCAGCCAAGGGCAAGCCAGGCGCAUCAACAGCAGCAGCACCAUCCAAGUCCACGUCACCAGCAGCGGGCAGAAGGAGACAACGAAGGCCGGCCGCCACCAAGGACACUGACGCAGCAGCAGCUACAGUGGUUCUUCCGUUCUUCUCCAGGUUUCCUCUCCCCGCGGAUGCUGCUGUCCCAAUGGACGGCAUGUUUGUGGCGGGGGCAGGGGGCGGCCAGGCUCCUGCCAACGCUGCCAGUGCUGCUGUUGUCCACUACUUCGGCGUUCUGCAGGCGUAUGCAGCCAUGAAAGAGUACUUCGAGCGUCAGCCAGCCCACCUGGAGCAGCUGCUGCCAGCUCACGUGCUGCCCCUCUUCUCGCAGCGCCACGUCAGCGCGGUCCUAUUGGCCUCUGCCACGUGGCUGCUGGGAGAGCUCUCCACCGCCCUGCCCGAGUCCCUGCACAGCCUUGUGUACGAGGCGAGCAUGAAGGCCAUGGCAGCGGGGGACGUGGAUGGGCAGUCAUGGGCGGCGGUGCGCACUGCUGCCUCGCACUGCAUCUCCUACCUCAUCCAGAAUGACGUGGAGCCGUCUGAUUGGCUGGCGUUCCUGCAGGCAGUGGUGGCGGCAACGCGGGCGGGGGAGGAGAGGGAGGCGGUGAGGGCUCUAGACCUGCUGGAGUCAGUGGCAGUGGAGGGGGGCGAGGGCGUGCACGCCCACCUGCCCGCCAUCAUUGCUGCUGUUGCAAAUGACACCUGUGCUGCUCUGCCUCCCCCGGAUCAGCCCUGGUCGCAGGUACGGGCUGUGCUGGAUGGAGAGGAGAGGGAGGCGGUGAGGGCUCUAGACCUGCUGGAGUCGGUGGCAGUGGAAGGCGGGGAGGGCGUGCACGCCCACCUCCCCGCCAUCAUUGCUGCUGUUGCAAAUGACACCUGCUCAGCUCUGCCUCCCCCAGAUCAGCCCUGGUCGCAGGUAUGGGUUUCGUGGGUGGAAUGUGUGUGGGGCCAGGCACAGCGCGUGUGGGCGCUCUUCUCUGCGCUGGCCUCUCUGCUCGAGUCAUGGCCCGAAGACAAGCUGCCAGGAGGGAAUGGUGCGCGUGUGUGGGCGCUCUUCUCAGCGCUCGCCUCCCUGGUCGAGUCAUUGGCCGAUGACGAGCGUGUGUGGGCGCUCUUCUCAGCGCUCGCCUCUCUCGUCGAGUCGUGGGCUGAUGACGAGCUGCCAGGGGGAGACGACGAUGAGGAGGAAGGGGAGGAGAGGGGAGGGAAGGAGGCAGCAGGGGCGGAGGAGAGGAGUCAAAGGGCAGUGGAGGUGGCAGCGUCCGUGGCUCGCGUUCUGCGAGUGGCCUGGCUCAAUGAACCCCUGGAUCCGUCCCUUGUGAAGCCACAUUCAUCAGACGGCCUAGAGGGCGAGGACGACAAAGAGCCGCCCCCCACGUCCUGGUUCGACGCCUCUCUGCUGCUCUCUUUCGUCCUCAAAGCCGCCGCCAAUGCCCCAGCUGCACCCCCCUCCACUGCUGCUACAGCCGGUGGUGCUACAGCUGGAGAUUCAGCAGCGCUGGUGGUGCAGUGGGGGGUGGUUCCCUUGCUGCACAAGUGGGUGGAGCUGGUGGCGGAGUGGACGGCAUGGGAGGAGGAUGAGGACGAAGCGGUGUUUCAAACCAUCGACUCGCUGUUGCUGCUGCAGGGCCGGACGCCAGUACCAGAUUUCAUAUCCAUGGCCACUCCGCCGCCUCCCCUGCCGCCCGUGCCGCCCCGCUCCGUCCUCGAAGGCGUCGCGUGCUUCGUCUCAUCCGCGCUAUCCGACGGCUCUCCUGCUGCCACGUGGCGAGCAUCCAGGCACUCGCACACGCUUUUGAAUGCUGCUGCCGUGGCGCUCAAUGGGGGGCCUGCCGUUGCUGCUCUGGCUGCGCGGUUUGCCGAGGUGAGGCGAAGGAAGGGAAGAGAAGGAGAUGGGGAAGUGGGCGUUGAGAGAAGUGUCAAAACACGCUCCUGA